AUGGCCGCUGUCAAGACGAAGAAAAAUCAUUCUCAACCAGUACAAAUGCAUUCCAACUAUUUUGAUCAAUUCGUUGACUCCUUGGGAUUGUAUGACGGGUGCACUAUGGAAUGUACUAUGGGUCAGGAUGCUUUUGGUGAAACUAGUUCCUCGAGUUCUAGUAAUGUGUCCACGUCGGUUGAGAAUACCCCAGUUUUGCCUCAGGAUCCACAAUUGACGCUCGUCAAGCCCACCUUUCCCCCACUGAUCAAUGUUGAUGAAUUAGUUCCCUCCCGGCCAAACGGCGAAAAACCUUCGAAAUCUUCAAACGCAUUCAUCAUAUAUCGUAAGGCGUAUGUCAAGGAACUUCACAUGAGAGGAAUUAAUCUUCAGAUGACACAAAUUUCCCCAAUGGUUUCCGAAUCGUGGAAACAAGAACCCGAAGAUGUUAAGAAAGAAUACAAGCGUCUCGCCGAAGCUGCCAAGAAAAGAUAUAAAGAACUUUGGCCGUCAAAACAAGGACCUGGUUUAGAGUCAUCUCAAGAUCAUGUGGUAUCGCGUGAUUCCUCUUCGUAUUCUACGCAACCCCAACUUGCUCUUGGAAACAAUUGGGAAACGCCUUUUUGGCAAUCACCAUUAAUUGAUCCGAUGUUCGUCGAAUUGGAUGCCGUCACAUCUCAUAUCUUAGAUAAUAACGAUAACGCCCAAACUAGCAAUUCUAUAUACCCGUCAUCAUCGUCUAAUGAUAUCCCAACUUCCGAGAGAAACGAUAAUGGAUCACUAAUAAAUCUCUUAGUAAAUAAGCGGUCUGGAUUUGCGCUCGGAAGCAUGCCAGAACCGACCGAUCGAAAAGGUUCCGUGAUAGCUUAUCAUCAGCUGAUGACCAAUUGGCACAAAGAUUUAAGUCGCCACAGUUCUCAUCCUUACCAUACUUUCAAUGAUGCCAUGAGCGUUUCCUUUUUCACUAUCCACCUAGUCUAA